AUGCAGCAGGCAGCGAAUCCUUGCGAUCCGUCAGCUCAGCCGGCCAGCCGCAUGGACAAGUCCCAAACGUCGAGGAGCAAGGACAAAGUGAAGCCAGACAAAAACCAAAGAUCAGCUAUACAGAGCCUCGCCGGCGUGGAUGUGCUGCAGUUGCUUCUGCAGCAGGUCUUUGAGCGUGCUUCUUCGGGCGGAGUGCUUAUCGAGUCUUUCUACCUGCAGCAGCAGAUCCACUGGGAGAUCGAGAAAUGCUCCAGUCCAAGUCUUUCAUCGCCCAGGACCAUGAGAAAUUUGCACAA